UGAGGCCCAGGGAGGGCACCGGCCAGCCAUGGCCGUGGCAGAGACUGCUUUACCCUCCAUCAACUCGCUCACUGCCCUGAACACUCAGGAAGACUUCCUUAAGCGGUGGUGCGCCAACGAAUCACAGGACAUGGGCCCGGGACCCCCGGACCUCUCAGAGCCUGGCCUUCAAGUGAGCCUGAAACCCGAGUACCCUCCGGCGAGGGACGAGGACGCCACCGCCCAGAAGGAUGCCACCUGCUUCUGGGUCCCCGACCUUUUUCUCACCAACUUCCCCGGCGGCCCCGAGCCACCUGGUGCGCCCUGGAGCUGUGUCCUGGCACCGGGCGAGGGCCCAGGGACACCAUACCCACCGCAGCCCGAGACUGUGAACACCUACGCGGGAAGCCCGGGGUUGAUGGCUGGGCUUCUGGGUCCCGAGGGGCACGCGGGCUGGGCGCAGCACCCUCCCCCGCGCGCCCCAGCCCCGGAGCCCUUCGUGGCCCCGGCCCCGACCCUGACCCAGGUACCCGAGCCCAAGGUGAUGUCGCUACAGCAGGUGUACUCCGAGUCGGGAGCGGGCUCCACGGCCAGCUACUUCCCGCGGACCGGGCUUUCGGUGCCCGCGGAGCCUGGCGCUCCCUACGGCUUGCUGCCCGGGUACCCCGAGCUGUACCCGCCCGCGCAGUACCAAGGGCACUUCCAGCUCUUCCGCGGGCACGCGGCGCCUUCUCCCAGACCUGCCCCGUCCUUUCUGAAUUGCCUGGGACCGGGUACGGUGGGCGCGGGACUCAGGGGGACCGCUGGAGACCCGGGACUGAUUCCCGAGGAUGCUCCAUCCAAGCGCGGCCGGCGCGUGCUGGCGCGCAAGAAGCAGGCGGUGCACCGGUGCACGCACGAGGGCUGCGGCAAGAGCUACACCAAGAGCUCGCACCUGAAGGCUCAUCUGCGCACGCACACCGGAGAGAAGCCGUAUGCCUGCUCGUGGGAAGGCUGCGACUGGAGGUUCGCUCGCUCUGACGAGCUGACGCGCCACUACCGGAAGCACACAGGGCAUCGUCCCUUCCCCUGCAGACUCUGUCCACGCGCUUUCUCUCGCUCCGAUCAUCUGGCCUUGCACAUGAAGCGCCACCUUUGA